AUGUCGGCCCCUGUCGGGUCCCCUCACCCGACCACCAACCCCCGAAUCCCGCCCAAACUCGGUCCAGCACAGAAUCAAGUGCAUAUUUCCUCUGGGUAUGGAUUGCAUCCUCAGAAUUAUAUUGCUCCCUCAGGAUAUUACCCUCAAGGACCUGGGAAAAUGACCUCAUUACCACCAGAUAGCCAGUGUGGUGAUUACUACCCUGGUCACUAUGCAGUACCAACACAAAAUGUGGUGACUCCUAGCACAAUGAACCAACAACCAGGAGCACAGCAGACUUAUGGCAGGGGCCCUCCUGCCCCUCAUAUUGUGGGAUCCACUUCAGGAUCUUUCCAAGGUGCUGUAUUACCAGCAUCUCAUUUGCAUCCGAGUGCCUCCCAGCCAUUCUCUUUUGUGAAUCACUACAGUAACCCAGCCAUGUACUCUGCCAAUUCUUCUGUUGCUUCUCAGGGAUUUCCCCCUACUUGUGGUCAUUAUGCUAUGUCAACUGUUUCUAAUACAGCAUAUCCUAGUGUUUCUUAUCCCUCUCUGCCUGCUGGUGACCCAUAUGGGCAAGUGCUUACCUCACAGAAUGCUCCUAGUGUCAGACCAGUUAAAGAUAAUUCAUUUUCUGGUCAAAGUACACCAAUCAGCCAUCCAUCGCCACUUCCACCACCAGCAUCACAACAGCAGCAGCAGCAGCAGCAGAACCUUUCAGGAUAUAAUACUCCAUCGUGGUCAGCUCCAGGUCUACAGUCAACCCAAGACAAUCUCAUGCGAAACCACACUGGAUCCCUGGCUACCGCCAACAACAACAACACCAUACAUACAGUUGCAGAUUCCUUAUCCUGUCCUGUUAUGCAAAAUGUUCAGCCUCAGCAGUGCAGCCCAGUAGUACCCACUGUUUUGUCAGGAACCUCAACAAAAACGCCUACUACUGCAAAUCACCCAGUUAAACCUGUGGCCUCUGUCACCCAGCCAUCCGAGCUAUUACAACACAAAGGCAUGCAGUAUGGUGACUAUAUUAAUAAUCAAGCUAGCUCCGAACCAACUCCCUUGUCAUCAACUUCCGAUGAUGAGGAAGAGGAUGAGGAUGAGGAAGCAGGUAUUGACAGUUCUUCUUCCACAAGCAGUGCUUCUCCAAUGCCCAACAGUUAUGAUGCCCUAGAAGGAGGCAGCUAUCCAGAUAUGCUUUCUUCAUCAGCCAGUAGUCCUGCUCCUGAUCCUGCUGCUGACCCUGAUCCUGGUCCAAGUCUGGCUCCUGCUGCUCCUCAGCCUACAAAGCUGUCCAAACCUUUUGGUUAUGGUUAUCCAUCUCUUCAGCCUGGUUAUCAGAAUGCUGCAGCACCACUGAAUUCUGGGGUGCACUCCAGUAGCCCAAUGUUUUCUGGAUUCCAGCAGUAUGCUCAACCGUAUCCUGGAGUGAACCAGUUGUCGUCUAGUCUAGGAGGAUUGAGUCUUCAGAGUUCGCCACAACCAGAAAGCUUGAGACCUAUAAACCUCACUCAGGAGAGGAACAUUUUACCCAUGACUCCUGUUUGGGCUCCUGUACCUAAUUUGAAUGUAGAUCUCCGAAAAUUAAAUUGUAGCCCAGAUUCCUUUCGGUGUACUUUAACAAAUAUUCCACAAACACAGGCUUUACUGAAUAAAGCUAAGCUUCCUUUAGGAUUGCUGUUACAUCCUUUCAGAGACCUAACGCAAUUACCAGUGAUAACGUCAAAUACCAUUGUGAGAUGCCGAUCUUGUCGAACAUAUAUCAACCCUUUUGUAUCCUUCAUUGAUCAGCGUAGAUGGAAAUGCAAUUUGUGCUAUAGAGUUAAUGAUGUUCCUGAGGAAUUUAUGUAUAACCCCCUUACUCGAUCAUAUGGUGAGCCUCAUAAACGACCAGAAGUUCAAAAUUCAACUGUGGAAUUCAUUGCUUCUUCAGAUUACAUGCUUCGUCCUCCUCAACCUGCAGUUUACUUGUUUGUUUUAGAUGUGUCUCAUAAUGCAGUGGAAGCUGGAUACUUGACAGUUUUAUGCCAGUCAUUAUUAGAAAAUCUAGACAAGCUUCCUGGAGAUUCAAGAACAAGAAUAGGAUUCAUGACUUUUGAUAGCACUAUUCAUUUCUACAACUUACAAGAAGGAUUAUCACAGCCUCAGAUGUUGAUUGUAUCUGAUAUAGAUGAUAUUUUCCUACCUACACCAGAUAGCUUGCUUGUGAACCUAUAUGAAAGUAAAGAGCUUAUAAAAGACUUACUGAAUGCAUUACCAAACAUGUUCACCAAUACAAGAGAAACACACAGUGCCCUUGGUCCUGCGCUUCAGGCUGCCUUUAAAUUAAUGUCUCCAACAGGUGGCCGUGUGUCUGUAUUUCAGACACAGUUACCUUCCAUGGGUGCAGGACUUCUGCAGUCCAGAGAGGACCCUAAUCAGAGGUCAAGUACAAAGGUUAUACAACACCUUGGCCCUGCAACUGAUUUUUAUAAGAAACUCGCUUUAGAUUGCUCAGGGCAACAGACUGCGGUGGAUCUUUUCCUUUUAAGUUCACAAUAUUCUGAUCUGGCUUCUCUAGCUUGUAUGUCCAAGUAUUCUGCAGGGGGCAUCUAUUAUUAUCCAUCUUUCCACUAUACUCACAAUCCUUCACAAGCAGAGAAGUUACAAAAAGACCUAAAACGUUAUCUCACAAGAAAAAUUGGAUUUGAAGCUGUUAUGAGAAUAAGAUGUACUAAAGGUCUUUCAAUGCACACUUUUCAUGGAAACUUUUUUGUUCGUUCCACUGAUUUGUUAUCCCUGGCCAACAUAAAUCCUGAUGCUGGAUUUGCAGUGCAGCUGUCUAUUGAAGAAAAUUUGACAGAUACGUCUUUAGUGUGCUUUCAGACAGCCCUGUUGUACACAUCAAGCAAAGGUGAGCGGAGGAUUCGAGUCCAUACACUUUGUUUACCGGUAGUAAGUUCACUAGCAGAUGUAUAUGCUGGAGUGGAUGUACAAGCUGCCAUCUGCCUGCUAGCAAAUAUGGCUGUGGAUCGAUCAAUUUCGUCAAGUCUUUCUGAUGCAAGAGAUGCUUUAGUGAAUGCUGUGGUGGAUUCAUUAUCUGCAUACGGCUCUACUGUCUCAAAUUUACAGCAUUCUGCAUUGAUAGUGCCCAGCUCCCUGAAGUUGUUUCCUCUCUAUGUUUUGGCCCUUCUCAAACAGAAAGCAUUUAGAACUGGUACAAGCACACGCCUGGAUGAUCGUGUGUAUGCCAUGUGCCAGAUAAAGUCACAGCCACUUGUUCAUCUAAUGAAAAUGAUUCAUCCCAACUUAUACAGGAUAGACAGAUUGACAGAUGAGGGUGCAAUACAUGUUAAUGACAGGGUCGUACCUCAGCCACCUCUUCAAAAAUUGUCUGCAGAGAAGCUGACCAGAGAAGGUGCUUUCCUUAUGGACUGUGGCUCUACUUUUUACAUUUGGAUUGGAAAAGGCUGUAACAAUAACUUCAUAGAGGAUGUGCUUGGAUGCCCUGAUUUUGCAUCAAUACCACAGAAAAUGACACAUCUUCCAGAACUAGAUACACUUUCAUCAGAAAGAACUCGAUCCUUUAUAACUUGGCUUAGAGACAGCAGACCAUUAAGCCCGAUUCUUCAUGUGGUAAAAGAUGAUAGUCCUGCCAAAACAGAAUUUUUUCAACAUUUGAUUGAAGACCAGACAGAAGCCGCAUUCUCUUACUAUGAAUUUUUGCUUCAUGUUCAGCAGCAGAUUUGUAAGUGA